AUGAGACCACCAGGCACCUUAGUAGCAUCUGAAUUAACUCGAACCACCCCUCUACCAGGACAAAACCACCUACUUCUAGAGACAAAUAAUUCAUCACUCAAUAUUCAAAAGUGCAAAUUUCAUACCACAUUUAACACGCCCAAAAAUCAACAAAUCCAACAAAUACUCGUACUACUCCACAGUACAAUCAACAUCCCUUCAAUAAGAGUCCAAUUUCACCAGACUUUCUUUCACAACUUCCUUCUUCAUCUUCUUCCUCCUCAAUUUCUCUCUCCUCUCAGAUCAAACCCCCCUUCACUUUCUCUCUCCUCACUCACUCACUCCCUCAGAGCAAACCUGGAGCAGCUCAAGACCAUCGGCCGGGAGCUCGCAAUGGGCUCCCAAGGCGGUUUCGGCCAAUCCAAAGAAUUCCUAGAUCUCGUCAAAUCAAUCGGCGAAGCUCGAUCUCGUUCCGAAGAAGAUCGCAUCGUUCUCAACGAAAUCGAAACCCUAAAACGCCGAAUUAUCGAACCCGAUAUCCCCAAACGAAAGAUGAAGGAGUUCAUCAUUCGUCUCGUCUAUGUUGAGAUGCUUGGGCAUGACGCCUCUUUUGGGUACAUUCAUGCGGUGAAAAUGACUCAUGAUGAUAAUAUUCUUCUUAAGCGAACUGGGUAUUUGGCUGUUACCCUUUUCCUCAAUGAUGAUCAUGAUCUCAUCAUCUUGAUUGUUAAUACAAUUCAGAAGGAUUUGAAGUCUGAUAAUUAUCUUGUGGUUUGUGCUGCUUUGAAUGCGGUUUGUCGGUUGAUCAAUGAGGAGACAAUUCCCGCGGUUUUGCCCCAGGUUGUUGACUUGCUUAAUCACCCUAAAGAGGCUGUUAAGAAGAAGGCUGUUAUGGCUUUGCAUCGGUUUUAUCAGCAGUCCCCAUCUUCGGUUUCGCACCUCGUCUCGAAUUUUCGCAAGAAGCUUUCUGAUAAUGACCCUUCAGUGAUGGGUGCUGCAUUAUGUCCUCUUUUUGAUCUGAUCACGAUAGAUGCUAAUUCCUAUAAAGAUCUAGUUGGAAGCUUUGUGAGUAUUUUAAAGCAAGUAGCAGAAAGAAGAUUGCCCAAAAGCUAUGACUAUCAUCAGAUGCCUGCUCCAUUCAUUCAGAUUAAAUUGCUCAAAAUUCUGGCAUUGUUGGGCAGUGGUGACAAGCAUGCAAGUGAACAAAUGUAUACUGUUCUAGGUGACUUAAUUAGGAAGUCUGAUUCAUCUAGCAACAUAGGAAAUGCGGUGCUCUAUGAAAGUGUGUGUUGUGCAUCUGCUAUCCAUCCCAAUACAAAAUUAUUGGAAGCAGCAGCUGAUGCAAUAUCGAAGUUUUUGAAGAGUGAUAGUCAUAAUUUAAAAUACAUGGGCAUUGAUGCCCUUGGAAGAUUGAUAAAGCUAAGUCCCGGAGUCGCAGAACAGCAUCAACUGGCAGUGAUUGAUUGCCUGGAGGAUCCGGAUGAUUCCCUGAAGCGAAAAACUUUUGAGCUACUGUAUAAGAUGACCAAGUCCUCUAAUGUGGAAGUGAUUGUUGACCGAAUGAUUGAGUACAUGAUAAGUAUAAAUGAUAGUCAUUAUAAAACUGAAAUCGCAUCACGGUGUGUUGAACUUGCUGAGCAAUUUGCCCCAAGUAAUCAGUGGUUUAUUCAGACAAUGAACAAAGUUUUCGAGCAUGCUGGCGAUUUGGUAAAUAUUAAGGUGGUGCACAAUUUAAUGCGUUUGAUUGCAGAGGGAUUUGGAGAGGAGGAUGAUACUGCAGAUGGGCAGCUAAGAUUAUCUGCUGUUGAGUCUUAUUUAAGAAUCAUUGGUGAACCAAAGCUUCCAUCUGCUUUCCUUCAAGUUAUUUGUUGGGUGUUAGGGGAGUAUGGAAUUGCUUAUGGAAAAUAUUCCGCUUCAUACAUUACUGGAAAGCUCUGUGAUGUGGCAGAAGCCUAUUCGACCGAUGACACAGUGAAGGCAUAUGCACUUACAGCUCUUAUGAAGAUCUAUGCAUUUGAAAAAGCUGCGGGACGAAAAGUGGACAUGCUUCCUGAGUGUCAGUCAUUGAUUGAAGAGCUGUCAGCGUCCCAUUCAACAGAUUUGCAGCAGCGUGCAUAUGAACUGCAAGCUGUAAUUGGUUUGGAUUCUCAAGCUGUUGAAACUAUACUGCCAUUUGAUGCAAGCUGUGAAGAUAUUGAGGUUGACAAAAGCCUCUCAUUCCUCAACGGUUACGUGCAAAAAUCUCUAGAAAAUGGGGCUCAACCCUAUGUCUCUGAGAAUCAACAUUCUGCAAUGCCAGUUAUCAGCAACUUUAGAAGCCAAACUCACCAUGAGUCAUCCGCUCAUGGACUUAGGUUUGAGGCCUAUGAACUUCCAAAGCCUAUUGAGCAGCCAAAGCCUACUUUGGCUUCACAUGUUCUUUCGACAGAUCUUGUCUCUGUAUCUGAGCCAUCAUAUACUCGAGAGUUCCAACAGUCUGCAUCAGUGAGACCAUCGGCUGAUGCUGGGUCAAAUGAAAUCAAGCUACGGCUUGAUGGGGUCCAAAAGAAAUGGGGAAGGCCAAAUUAUUCCUCUCCACCGUCAACUUCAAAUUCUUCCUCUCAGAAUGUUAGUAAUGGAGGUUCACAGAAUAAUGAAGUAGGCGCUGUAAGCUCAAAAUCUAAGGAUACUUCGUAUGGUUACAAGAAGCAGACAGUGGAAAUUGAUCCCGAGAAACAGAGGCUUGCUGCUUCACUGUUUGGUGGUCUUUCAAAAGAAGAAAAAAGGCCGUCUACAACCAGCUAUAAAUCUUCAAAAACAUCCAGUCAUGUUGGGAAGUCCCAAGAAACAAGAUCAGUGGCAGAGAUGACACCACCACCACCUCCCCCUCCCGACUUGCUAGAUUUCGGUGAACCUGAUAACAUGGGAGGUUCAUCAAUAAUUGAUCCUUUCACCCAGUUGGAAGGUCUUUUAGAGGCAGGUCCGGGUGCAUCAUCUGCAGCUAAUUCUAGCUCCGUCAGUUCUGCUAAAGAGUCUGAUCUUAUGUCGCUUUAUGGAGAUAUGCCUAUGAGCACACAAUCUGAUUUUGUUGAUACUCUCAGUAAAGAUGAUAACCUUAAUUUUGGGUCAUCAGAUGCAACCAAUAAGAAUGGUCAUGUCCACCAAUCCCAAGAAAGCAAAGGCCCUAACCUGAAGGAUGCACUGCAGAAGGAUGCCUUGGUGAGGCAGAUGGGUGUAACCCCAACAAGUCAAAACCCCAACUUGUUCAAGGACUUGUUUGGCUAAGUUACUCGACAGCAAUUCUCUAGUUUCUCUCACUAGUCACUUGGGUUGGCAAAGAUACGGAAGGGCACAAUGCUUGAAGCUGCUGGCUAGAAGUAUUGUGCUAGUCUAGGUAAUAUGAUGUCGUGUAAAGGAUUUCAGUGAAGUGAAUGGGUAAAAACUUCUGAGUACAUUCUCAAAUUCGGAUCCUCUGGUUCAGUUCUUGUUCCUCGAUGGUGAUGUCUUUGUACAACUAGUGCCAUUUUAAGAGUUUGGUGGUGUAUAUUUGGGAUUUUGGAUCUCACUUUCCAGUUAUUCAUAUAUGGGGGCUAUUUUCCCCUUGCAUAUGCUGAGAGAUGUUCAACAAUUUUGGUGCUUUUUGACCAAUGCUUUGUUUCUUUUCUAAGUGAAGUAGGUGCUCUUACUGAUAAUCCUCUGUUGUAAUAAUGGUACCAAUAAAAUUUGUAUCAGUAAUUUUAUUUUUAUUUUUUUUAAUAUAAAUAGUUCCUCUUUUUUAAAUGUAACGGCUACUGAAGCUACCUACUGCAAAGCUUGCUCUUGAGUGUAACAUUGAAGAUGCUUACAUUUUCUUAUAGUUAUUUUGAUCACCUUUUUCAAGUGUUUAUUGAUGAACGAAUUUUAAUUUA